AUGACAUCAGCCUCGACGUUCCUUUUCUGCAGCUUCCACAUCACUCUCCUGUUCCUCAAUGGAGUUCUCGGCUUCUCAUGGGGAGGGCGCAGGGGCGGCAGACUUAACUAUUCUGCCGAUUUGCCUUCGUCCGGGAGUCGUUCUACUGGCACCUCCAGAUUUGAUUCUUCACAACUGCCUGCCAUGUAUGCCACUGCGCUCAGCGAGUUGCAGGAGCUGGAAUCGGAGCCCUUAUGCCACCGUACUGCGGCUCGCCUUUUGAUCAACAAUUGUCAACUACUCGAUGGCCGGAAUGAUGCAACAAUGUUGACUGAUAGUGGAAGAGCGGCUCGCGAUUUUGUCGACUCAUAUGCUGCAAGCCUAGCCAUAUGUGACUUGGAAAGAGGAAGCUUCACUAUCCCCUCCUCUUGCUCCAAGUUUCAGGAAUCGAUACUCGCCCGCAUGUCGCCGCCGACCAAGCCACAACUACACGUAACGACAUCCGAGAUCGAUGGCUGCCUCGAGGGACUGGCACAGUCAGAUUCCGCCUGGAAUACUUGGGUGAGCUAUCGCCAUAAGACGUUGCGAUUUUGCGAAGCAGCUCGUGCGGAUAACGAGAAAGAUCAAAAUAUCCGACUCCAUCAGAGGCUGACUAGUAUUCUUGCGAAAUUGACGACACAGCUCGAAGAAGAGAUGGAGGCACGGUUUCGAUCAAUGAACAAAAUGUUUGAGGAAGCAGGAGCCGCUGUGGAGAAUCUAAAGCCUCGGGUGAAUCAUCUCAAGAAUAGCAUCACAGAGGUAGAUGCGCUCUUCAGAGACCACAUAGUUCAAAACGUACAGCAAUCAGCGGAAUUUGUCACUCAUGGGCUUGGAGAGGCAAGGCAAUUACAAACACUGCUAUCCAUGCUGGUCGACGUGACACAAAAUCAGAGUCACGAUUUAACAACUUCUCAUGAGUCUGCUUUACAAGAGGCUACACUACGGAUCACCAAUGAAGUAGAUAUCAUUUUGGGAGCGCUUGGCGCGGCAAUCGCCUCGUCCACAUCUCUGCAUAGAGAAAUUGAAAUCUCGCAGUCUGCAACUGCAGCAGUUGCGUUGAGACAGGAGAGCAUAGAGACGAGCAUGAAAAAACUCGAAGGUUUAGCUGACUCUUUACUGGCUCAGCACAAAGGCCACCAGGAACAGCUUGUUUCUGCCCAGCAAACAGCUUCGGAUCUGAUAGACAUUCUGGACUCGGCUUCGUCGUCAGCCGUCACUCUUCGUGGCUCCAUCUACAGCGGCUUUGGCUGGGGUUCUUGGUGGCCGCACGUAUUUUGCCCACUCAUGUCUCUGGUUGUUGGCUCGUAUGGACUUCCACCUUCUGCAACACGAAACAUUAUGCUCAUCAGUUUAGGAGAGAUGGUUGGAUGUGGAAUAUCCAUUGUCAAGCAUUACGGAAGUAAUAUUCACACAGCAUUUUCGUCUCAUGGCAAGGUGCCCCUCAGAGCGAACUCGACACCGCCAUUUAAUGAGGCUAUUUAUUCGAAUGAUGGGCUUUCUCGUGACGAUCUUUACCAAUUUAAACUCAACGAGGCUGCUCGAGCUGACCGAAUCGCGGGGUUCAGCCGCGCCGUGCAAUUGGACAGACCCGGCGCCCUCUCCGUAGUUGAUGUCAGCUUUGAGCCGGUUCCGGGUUUACCCCAUAUUGUCUCGACCGGGACAAUGGCGUCGAACUUGAAGAUUGCGCUGGUUCAGCUGUAUUCUAAGCCGCUCGAUGUAGCUGGCAACUUUGCUCGCGCAGAGUCAUACAUCCGCAAAGCCGCCUCCCAGGGCGCGAACCUGGUCGUCCUUCCUGAGUACCAUCUCGGCUCAUGGAAGCCCGACUCCAAGAUCCUCCUCGCAACGGCCAAGGAGCAGACGCCAUAUCUUGCAAAAUAUCAGGCCAUUGCCAAGGAGCUCGGCAUCGCCAUUGCCCCGGGCACGAUCCUGGAGCCUAUCCCUGCGGAGGAAGGCAAUGCCUCCAUGACUGAAGGAAUUGCGAAUGCGGCGUACUUUAUCGGUCCGGACGGCGCCGUCCUGGGACGCUACCAGAAGAAGAACUUGUGGCACCCCGAGAGAGAUCAUCUGACGGCCGAUGGAUUGACGCCGCACAGGGCGUUUGAUACUCCCUGGGGUCGUGUCGGACUCAUUAUCUGCUGGGACUUGGCCUUCCCUGAGGCAUGCCGUGCGCUGGUUGCUGACGGGGCCAAGUUCGUCGUGUGCCCUACCUUUUGGCUCAACAGCGACGGAGGCGACAUUGGUGCUGAGGUGAACCCGGAAUGCGAGCGCCUCUUUCUGGAGAACGUGGCAGUGGCCCGAGCAUUUGAGAACACGUGCGGCUUUGUGUUCUGCAACACAGGCGCACCGUUGGGAAGCGGAACGAGUGGCAAAGACGAAGAGGGCACAGAGUUUAUUGGGCUGACGCAGGUGGCGAUGCCGCUGCAGGGAGCUCUUGGCAAGCUUGGCGUUGAGGAGGCGAUGACGGUGGUGGACGUUGAUAUGAAGGUCCUGGACAUUGCGGAGGAGGUGUACAAGGUGAGGGCGGAUAUCGCGAUGGAGGGAUGGCACUAUGGACAUACCCUGCAGCCCAGAAAGUGA